ACGUUGCACGUUCGCAGUCGCUGUCGCUGUUGUUGCCGUUGUGCGCGUAUUUGCCGACGCGUUUUCGAAAAUUUCCAAAUGUGUAAAAUGUGCGUCUCAUGUGCUAAUUAAUGAACUAAACGGGAAAUUGAACCUUUGAACUUGAUUAGAAUUAGAGCUAAUUGAAAUGCCGCAACGAACGCCGAGUCCCGUGGCCCUGAGUGCCGCACGCAGCUGCAGCAGUCCGGCCGUAUCCGAGAUCUCCGUGGGCUCGCCCAGUCCGCCGCCGCCGCCGCUCAACAUGAAACGCCUGCGAAUGCUGCGCAGUCCGGCGACCAUCCGCAAGUGCAGCCAGCCGGGCGCCGGCGAGCGCAUCAAAAGCUUCUCCAUAGCCGAUAUACUGGGCCGGGCGGAGGUGGAGGAGGAGGAGCGCCCAGCACCGCCCAUAGAGCGCCUGCAGGCGCCACAGCCGUUGUUGGCCACGGCGUCGCCUGCCAUGCUGCAUCCCGGACUGCAUCCGUUUCUGCCACCGGCGCUGCUGCACAGCUAUGAGCAGCGUCUGGCGUGGGACUAUCAGCGCCAGCUGCAGGAGCACUUCCAGGCGCAGCUGCUGCGCCAAAUGAGCAUGGAUCCCGCCAGAAUACCCAUACCCUCCGAGGAUGGCAGCUCCGAGGAGCGUUCACAGCGCUCCAGCAGCAGCAACGGCAGCACCGACUGCUGCACGCCCCACCAGGGCCAGCCCAAGCUAACAGGCCGAGGGCCAGAGGAGAAAUCAAAGCAAAUAAAUGGCCAUGAGCCCGGCCAGAAGCCAGCAGCGGGCGCCGAUACGCCGCUCGAUGCGCUCUUUCAGCUAUCGACCAAAAACUUUGACGAGGAGCAGGAUCCGGCGACUCUGAACAUCUUUGCCACGAGAUCGAAUCCAAAGAAGAAGCGCAAAUCGCGCACCGCAUUUACGAAUCAACAGAUCUUUGAGCUGGAGAAACGAUUUCUCUAUCAGAAAUAUCUGUCGCCAGCGGAUCGCGAUGAGAUUGCCGCCGGUUUGGGUCUAUCCAAUGCGCAGGUCAUCACGUGGUUCCAGAAUCGACGCGCCAAGCUGAAGCGCGACAUGGAGGAGCUGAAGAAGGACGUGCAGAGCGUGAAACAAUUACCCGACCAGUCAGCAGAUCGCACGCGAUGCCGGCCAUCGCACCACCCGAGCAGUAGCCACCAUCAUAGCCACCAUCACCAGGGACCGAGCGGGUCGAGUCGGGACAAGGAGGAGCUGCGCAUGCUCAAGAUGAUGACCCUGAUGCGCUACUCGGACGGCAAGCUGCUCUACCCCGCACCCCCGACGGAGACGGCCAGCAACAACAACAACAACAACAACAACAAUUCGCAUUAACUCAAGAUUAGUCCAAUUUGUAAAUUGCUAAACUGAAAAAACGCGCGACUUCUAAUUUGCCAAAAAAAAAAUAGAAGAAAGAAGAAAAGAAAAGCGAAUGCAAACAUUUUCUUUUAAUCAUUUUCCUAA